GGUCUUGGCAACCCAUCCGACGGAGAAGCCAUGCGGGGUCUUCCUGGCUUGGUUUUCCUCCUGGGCUGCUCCGCCUUUGCAGCCGCAGCCUCGGAAGAAGGGAAAAACUGGUGUUAUGCCUCACAACUGUGUAAAGUCCCGGACUGCAAAGAGCCUCGUCUAUGGGCAAAGGUAGACUCAGAAUGUGGGAAUGACAAACAAUCUCCGAUUAAUAUUCUCACCCGGCAGGUAACCUACAACGAAUCUCUGAAAGCGUUUAACUUUAUAAACUACAACGUCAAAUCCAAUGGCAAAUGGACCAUGGAAAACAAUGGACACACAGUCAUCGUCCAGCUGGAUCCGUCAGGGAAGGUAGAACUUGGGGGUCUGAACGGAAGAUACAAGGUGGUGCAGUUUCAUUUCCACUGGGGCAGCGAGGUAGGGAAGACGCAGAGUCCUGGAUCCGAACACAGCAUUGACGGAGAGAGGUACCCCAUGGAGCUUCACAUUGUCCACAUUAAGGAGGAAUUUGGCAACAUAGAAUCAGCGAGCGAAGAAAAAGGCGUAGCAGUGUUGGGAUUUUUUAUAAAGGCUGGCAAAACGAACCCAAACUAUGAACCGCUCAUUUCAAAUUUAGAAAAGAUUGGGGCUAAAGGGGGAAAAGUUGACAUUCCAGCUUUGGCCCUGGAAUCCCUGAUCCCGGACAAGAAGGAUCUCACCAACUUCUAUCGCUACACCGGCUCUCUGACCACCCCCGGUUGCAAUGAGGAGGUGGUCUGGACCUUGUUUGAGAAACCCAUUGAACUUGGGGGGGAACAGAUCCAAAAGUUCUGGGAAAAGGUGUAUUUCGACAGUGAGAAGAAACUUCCCAUGGUGGACAAUUUUCGACCAGUUCAGCCUCUAGGCGCCCGAAUUGUCGAAAAAUCAAACUCAAACCUCCUCCUGCCUCUGAGGAAGGCGCUCUUGCUGGUCCCAACCGCCGCGUUGCUGGCCUUCGCUUGGAUCUCCUGAAGAGCCAGAGCUGGAACAUUCGAACCGUUCGCAUUGAACGGCCCUU